GCGUGGCGGUCGGGGCUGGGAUUCGUGUAAUGCUGCUGCUGGGUAGAAGAAGAAGAAGAGUCAAACCUUUUCCAGAACAGGGGAAAUUAAAUUCCCCUUCCUCCCUAUCCUUAUCUUCUUUGCCGCUCUGAUUUCUGUUCGAGAUCGAGUGGAUUCGGGGGAAAGUCAGUUCCUUCCUAGAGAUCUGAAGUUGCAGAGGAAUCUGCCAUAAUUUCCUUUUUUGGGGUUUGUGGUGUUUGUUUUCCUUGUAACCGGCGGCAGAGGCAGCCAAAAAAAAAGAAGAGAUGAUGAGAAUGAAGAAUAAACCACCGACGGCGGCCGGGGGCUCACCAGAUUCCAUGGGAGCAGAGUGGGAGAUGAGACCCGGCGGAAUGCUGGUUCAGAAGCGAAACCCGGAUUCCGAUCACAGGUCCAUUCCUCCACCGACAAUUCGGGUCCGGGUCAAGUACGGGUCAACCUACCACGAAAUCAACAUCAGCUCUCAAGCUUCUUUCGGGGAGCUGAAGAAGAUGUUGACCGGACCGACUGGGCUACACCAUCAAGACCAGAAGCUGAUUUACAAAGACAAAGAACUUCGAACCCAGUUGAGAAAGACGGAGAGAAUUAGAGAAAUGGGACCUUGACAUCAUGAACGCCCUUGAAAUGGAGCCUGGAACCAACGUCGAAGGAGGUCUUAAUGAGCGCAUUCUGCUCUUCAACAUCGUAAUGAAUAGAGAGAUUCUUCGAGACGAGCGAAAUCUGAGGCUCGGAAAAUUCCCGUUUGCCGUUGUUCUGAAACGUGAGCUUGAGCUUCGCGAAGCUGUCGAGCAGCUUGCAGGAGACCUUGUGGAAGAACACGGAGCUGUCGCUGUCGAACUCUGUGGUCACCCUCAAAGCAGGCCUCCUGGAUAGCACGGAGAUGAACUGCGGGAGUGGCUCCGGGGGAACGUCAGUCGGCGGCGGCGGCGGUUGUUGUGGUGACGCCGAAGGAUCUGCGGGUGAGAAACCGGGGAAGAAAAAAUUAGGGCUUGGAUUAGGUUGAUGGGAGAGUAUUAGGGGAGGCGGAGAGGAGGAAGAGGAAGAAGAAGGUGGAGGAGAAGC